UUCAAUGCCAUUAUGUUACCUUUUAAUGCUGAAAAUGAACCAAUAAAUCAGUAAGUCAACGAGUUUUUCUGUCGAUAUUGAGGCAAUAUUGGACGCUGAAUGAUAUCAGCCAAGGCGGGGAAAGCUUGGAUAGCUUCAAAACGUCCGUCCCUACGUAGUGGCUGCCUCAUAGUUAUACCCCCCCCGGCGUUUCCCACCACUCCCUAUGACCGACGAACCCAACUACCAAGUCUUUCGAGAAUGUCUCUCCAGUGCCAUUGUCUCUCACUCAGAGGAGAAACCCUCAAAAGCAAACAAACGCAGAGGAGCCAAACGGUCCCAAGCCGACUCCAGUCUCAGGACUGACCCGGAGGACCUGGCAGAAUUCAUCGAUUUUAUCGCCGCGGAAGUCUUCUCCUCCCUCCCCCCACCGUUGCAAUCGCUUACCUACGACCCCUCUGCGCCGACGCCGUACCAUCAACCCCCUCCCCUCCCACAACCACUCCUCGACACCCUCACGGCGAAUAUCCCCCUCGAAGCCAUCGACUCCCUCCUCGUCUACGGACUGACGGACGAUCCGUCCCGCUUCCUCGCCCCAGUGUUAAACGAGUACGCUGCAGCCGUGGCCGCCGCGCCCCCCGUCUGGGCCAGCACCCGCGCCCACACGACUGCCUGCGAGAUCUGCGACCGCGACUGGAUCCCCCUGACGUACCACCAUCUGAUCCCCAAACAGGUGCAUGCCAAGGUCCUCAAGAAGGGGUGGCAUGAACCGCACAUGCUCGGCAGUGUGGCCUGGUUGUGUCGGGCUUGCCACAGCUUCGUCCACCGGAUGGCAUCCAACGAGGUCUUAGCCAGGGAGUACUAUACCGUCGAGAGAAUACUUGAGCGUGACGAGGUGCAGCAGUGGGCGAAGUGGGUGGGGAGAGUACGAUGGAAGGCGAAAUGA